AUUUCUUUCAUUGCACUCAUUGCUUUGUACUUCGAAAUUUUCAUUUCAUUUAUAUCAUAUCAAAAUGACUAAAGCCAUCAUUCUUGUUACCUUCAUGAUCAUACUCGUUCUAGGAAUGGCGAUUAUAGAGACGCAAGGACAAGAAAUGUGUCAUGAUCUUGUAAUAAAAACAAACUGUGAAGAUUCACCAUGUAUCAAUCUGUGUAUGCAGAAAUGGAAAGGAAGCGGCACAUGUUUUCAAAACCAACAAGUAAAAAGUUGCCUUUGCACUUUUCCUUGCAAGAUUUGAGUUGAAUUUUUUGUUAUCUAUAAACUAUAAUACUUCAUAAUACUAAUAAUGAAUUGAAAU